AUGGCUACUGCUCAGUUGCCUUCGGUAACAACAACUGCUGUAGCGACUCCUCCAGAUUCUGAGGGGAAAGUCGCAGAUGAUUACGUUCCGUGGCCUGUCUUGGAUAAGAGCCCAGGUACUGCGCCAUGCAAAUACGUUACGAGAGGGAACAUGUUAGGAGAUGGACAUUUUAGUGUGGUUAAGGAAUGCAUGAAUGUUUAUACCAAGGAUCUCUAUGCGAUGAAGUUGGUUCAUAAGAGUAUGAUCAAGGGCAAACUGCCCUUGAUCCAGCGUGAAGUGAAACUAUUGAGAUUGGUGAGUGAUAAAGUAAGACAACUGGAGAAGAAGGAAUUCCGUACGUUCGACGUUUUCGAAGGACACCAUCAUGUUUUACAAUUGUUCGAUUUCUUCGAGACUUCCGAAAGUAUUGCCUUGAUCACACAGCUGUGUGAAAAAGGUGAUUUAUAUGAAAAGAUUAUUGACAGUGGUUCUUUAGACUUGGAAUUACAAGCGAAAUCCUACUGUGCUUGUUUGCUGAGUGUUUUGGAAUUUUUACAUGCAAAUGGGGUGGUUCAUAGAGAUCUGAAAGCUGAGAACGUGCUUUUCAGAUCCAGAGUCAAUAAGAAUGAGCCAGAUGAGCACCAUGGUGAUUUCAACUACGAUUUGAAAGCUCACGAUGUUAUCCUGGCUGAUUUUGGCUUGGCUACUCAGAUUGACUCUAAUACCAGUUCGACAUGUUUGAAAGAGUUUGUCGGAACAAUGUCAUACAUUGCACCAGAGAUUGUUCGUUGCAAAGGUGUAGGGAGCCUCUCGCAGAAUGAAGUCGCCAAAUUGGAAAGCUAUAGUUAUCCAGUUGACAUUUGGGCUCUUGGGGUUUUAACCUAUUUUAUGGCUUUGGGUUACACACCAUUUGAUUGUGAUAACGAUGAGGAGACUUUGGAGUGUAUUCAAAAAGUUGAUUACUACGUCGAUGAAGAGAUGCGGGCAGAUCCUAAGAUGAAAGAAUUUUGGAGUUUCUUACAAUGCUGUUUCAUAGAAGAUCCAGCAAAGAGACCAUCAGCAGCUUUACUGAAGCACCAUCCAUUUGUUAAAGAUUUUUUCGCUACAUCUGCUGCUGAUGCGAAUGCAAUUGAAAUUCCCGAAUCACUCAAGAGAAGCGGUUCCACUUCGUCAUUACAUUCCUUGAGACAACCUUCGAGAUCUACAUCUUCCAGUACUUUAGCAUAUUUGGCAAUCAAUAACAAUACUUCACCCUCGAUAACAGCACAAAGUAGUAAAUCGGGCACUCCAUUGUAUUUGGAACCACGGUCAACUCGCGAUAGGAAUUUAAGACAAGUGAGAGAAACUUUGAGAAAGACACUUUCGAUGACCUCGUUAAGAAAUGCCAAUGCUUCUUUGCCUACUGUGGAAUCGAAACUGAACUCAACUUUUGUGCUAGAGCCAAAACCUCCAACCAACUCUUUGAUGAAUGGUUGUUACAGCACAACUCCCGAGUCAAAAUCAAACUUGAGUACUCCAAAGUCUCUUUCGAGACAAAGUUCAACGAACAGCGUAUACGUUACCAAUCAAACGGCCUCAGUUGACGACUAUAUGAACGAUGACGAUGACGAUGAAGAUAUGGGCAUCAUGAUUUAA